AUGUCGGAACCGAAUAUCGCUAGAUCAUUAGCGCCUGCGCCUCCUGGCUUCCAGCGUAGGCCGAAUGCAGAGCCAGCCAGACAGCGGAAGAACAUAUCAACCGCUUGUACUGCUUGCAAGGCUCGAAAGUGGAAGGUCGUGAUUGUUCCUCUGUAUUAUCUAUACGACGCUAAUAUGGCUCCUAGUAUACAGUGCACCGGAACAGUCCCGUGCAACAAUUGUGUUCGGAGCACCACUGAAUGCAUCAUAGACGAGUCGAACGACAAUCGUCGUCGGCUUGCCCUCAAGCGCAAGCUGGAAGAGCUCACUGAAGACAAACAGUUGCUGGUCCAACUAGUCGAGACUCUCCGCUCCAGUUCCAACGAACAUGUUGUGCGACUUUUAGACCUCAUCCGAAACAAAAAGGGAACAAUAGACGAGAUAAAGACGUAUCUCGAUGGGAAAGUGACCGACAGCGAAUUUGAUAUGACUCCUGAACUGCAGGAAGCGCAGGACCACCUUGAAGCAAGAGCCAGUAGGCGGUCCAGUCGUCGUUUGUUGGACGUCACAUGGCUGUCGAACAUUCCAGUCGUGGAAGUGCCAGCUCACCCAUGGACGACGGUCACAGAUGAUGAUGGUCUAGUAUCAUUCUUGAUCUCUCUUUGGUUGACAUGGAGCCACCCGUUUUCCAACUGGAUUGACCGUGAUUUGUUCAUUCGAGAUAUGCGAUCCAAGGACACAAGUUCGACCUUUUGCUCUCCGUUUCUAGUAAACAGCAUCUUAACCAAAGCUUCAUUCUACUGUGACUACCCUGAGGUAUUUGAAGAUGUAAAUGACUCAGAAUCCAGGGGUAUGCAUUUCUACAAAGAAGCGAAGCAGCGAUUCGAACAUGAAGAUGGCAGAGUCACCAUUCCCACAAUCCAAGGAUAUGCCACCUUGCUGACAAGCAUGGCUCUGAUGGGUAAAGAUCGACUUGUUUGGCUAUCGCUUGGCCAGUUAGGACGAAUGGUGGCCGAUAUCUCCUCGUACAACCUGCCGAUGCAGCUACACAGUGAUGUGAAUAAGCGCGCUGAAGGAAGAGCCAUUGAUAACACAAUUUGGGGAGUAAUGUUUUCGACCAUAUUCAUGAAACCGCUUGACCUAAAGAAACCCUUAAGACCACGGUUACCUUCUGACCACGAUGAUGACGAUGCUACUGAGGUGGCAUGGAGUCCAUAUCCUCGCCAUGGAGAUGACCAGCCGUCUCAUCUUCCAUGUGUGUUUAACAACCUGACUAAACUCAACGAGAUGACUGUUGAAGCUAUUCGGCGGCUUUUCAAAGACGAAUCACGAAAGGCGAUGUCUCGUGCAGAUAUGGAGACCAUCAUUAGCUCUAUGUUUCCGCGGUUGCAGGCCUGGUACAUUGACUUGCCGAAGUGCAUUCAGGAAGGACAAACGGCGGUUCCUCAUAUUUUAAUUUUACACAUGUAUUAUCAUGCGACAAUCAUGGUACUGUUUGGGCUGCUCAAGAGCUCAUAUCGGUAUCCAUCGCGUCCAAUGAUCAUCACCCCCCAUGAAGCGCGAGAAACUUGUGUUGAGUCAGCACAUCAAAUUGCGCAAAUGAUUCGCCUCUACCGCUCGAAAUGGGGGAUCGAAUUCAUUUCCGGCACAGCAGUCUAUUGGAUAUCGAUCGCAUUGUUCGUUCUGCUCGAUGAGCUAGAGAAUCCGUCUAAUCGGCGAGCAUUCAUUGACCUCUGCUCCAUGGCAAAGGCUCUUUCAAAGCAAUGGUUUCUGAUGAAGGGUAUUCUGCGAAUGAUUCAAAUCACAGCAAGACAGAUGCACAUCAGCCUUCCACCAGAGACGGAGCCAUUACUGCAGGACUUUGAAAUGAACAUGUGGCGCCAGGAUAGUGGCCGGAGACGGCUUAGCAGUGCCUUUGCUAAUUUCGCAUUGUUGUUCCAGCGUGUGACUGGAGUAGGAGGCGGGUUGCACGACCCGAUUGACUUGGAUGAGUAUUUGGAGAAGUUGGAAGAUUUGUCGAGGUUGGAGAUUGUGCAUGACCGCCCGACUGCUCCUUCCUGA